AUGCCUAAAUCCUUCCUGGUGAAAAGCCGCCGCUCGGCACAGCUAGGAGCCCGGGAUUGGGGAGAACUCUCUGACCAGCUCCGUGGAGAUUCAUACAUCCCCGAAAGCAGCCUGGUGAAAAACCUUCCAGGCCCCAGGCCUCCCAGGAACACGACCACGUGGGAGAGGACCUUUGAAGACCCCCAAAGCCUCGCCCAAAGCUUAUUUCAUUCUCCACUGGACGCUGUGGGAAAAUAUCCAAGAAGCAACAGAGGCCGGGGUUCCCAGCUGCAGGCCGCCUUCCAGUGCUCUGUCUGCAGCAAGCGGUUCCCUCUGCAACGCAUGCUGAGCCGCCACCUCAAGUGCCACAGCUCUGUCAAGAAGCACGUCUGCAAAUACUGUGCCAAGGGCUUCAACGACACCUUCGACCUCAAGAGGCACCUGAGAACUCACACAGGCAUCCGCCCCUAUUGCUGCUUCGUCUGUGACAAGGCCUUCACCCAGCGUUGCUCCUUGGAGUCCCACCUGAAGAAGAUCCACGGCAUCCAGCAGCACUACGCCUACCGGGAGCGCCGCUCCAAGCUCUUUGUGUGUGAGGAGUGCGGCUUCACCUCCAGCGCCAGCGACGAAUACUACGGCCACGUACGCCAGCGCCACCCCACCGGCGGCCUUCUGGGCAAAGACUUCCGGCAGCUGGCAGUGCCUGCCCUUCCCAGCGAACUCCGCGUCUUCUACUCUUCUCCCUACUGCAGAUGA